GUUUGGUAAAUGACUGCAGCAGGAAAAUACAGUGUCGAAGCGCACGGAGCUGGCACUGCUGUGUGUAUGUGUGUGAGUGCGUGCCGGUGCGCGCCAGGCAGUGGUCACCUCUCCUGCCAUGGAAGAGGGUCCACAUCGGUCGGACACACAGGGCUACAUCUUGUUAUAAAACUCUGCUCAACAGCGGGACUCUGUGCUUUUGUUGGGAUUUAACGCGCCCUGUGCGCCGGUGGGAGCGGAUGCGGAGCACAGCAGCGGUCGCCGGCGCGUCUCCAACUUGACCACCACCAGACAAUGGGAACAGCUGAGCCGAGCUGCUGCAUCGCCAAGUACUACUACAACUGCUCGCCCCUGGGAGAUAAGUACGAGGAGAAGAGGGAGAACCAGCAGCGAGAGGAGGGGGUAAAGAAGGAGAGGGAGAAGAGGAGGCAGACGUGUUGUACCUGCAGCAGCAGCGCCGGGACUCCCACAGCAGCCGAUACGCACAGAUCCAGAACGACGCUCCGGCUGCCCCAGGGAUCCAUGUGAGACAAAGCCUGCAGAUGUGAGAGAAAGCUCUCCUCUGUGUGCGGAUUUUGGGAAUAUAAUACAUUCAUAUUUGUUUCAGCGCUCCAGGGACAAGCGGAUGCCGGUUUCUGCAGUCAAACAGCAACUGAAGGAAUAUGUCUCAUUUCUCUGUUAACUGCGGAGGAGCGCACAGACCGGACCUUAGAGUCAUUGCGUGUAUUUGUGUCAAAUAUUAGCAGCCUGCAAGCGGCUGCUGUCCUCUGAAACCAGUGACCCCCCCCGCCCCCCUACCUUCCCUUCUUUCCCAUCUUUGUCCCCGGUUGUUCCCACUUGAACCAAAACCUGGACGAGCUUCCUCCUUACGGUCCCUCCGGCUGCCUCUGUCCGAGGUCCUGAACACAUUUUCGGGCUGGAUUCAGUGGAUAUUCUGUUGCGGCGGCGCUGGGGGAGUGAGAGCGGACACAGGCAUGAUUUUAUGGAGAGUGAAGUGAUGGCCAUCCCGCGGCUCGGCACUGGAGAACACGGGAUCUGAAACGGACACGCAUCCACAGAGAAGCAGGACAUUCCGGACUCACCUUGGAGGUCAUAAACCAUCACCCAAGCCCCCCCUGUCCCCGUCACCAGACCUCCUUCUCAGCCUUUUCUGAAGAGUGUCCAACACCUUCACAACCCCCCUCCAAAUAAAAUGAAACUGGCAAAAAUGUGCCGAGUGAACGCGCUGGGGAUCUAUUUGUGGGAAACGGUUUUAUUUUUCAGCUUAGCAGCAUCAAAAGAAGCUGCGGCGAGGAAAGCUGCCUCCCCGAUGCCGCCGUCGGAGUUUCUGGACAAACUCAUGGGGAAAGUCUCGGGGUACGACGCCAGAAUUCGACCAAAUUUUAAAGUGUGGAACAAAGACCCCAAAGGCUCGAAAAAUGAAGCUACUCACAAGAAAGGUCCCCCUGUCAACGUAACCUGCAACAUUUUUAUCAACAGUUUUGGCUCCAUUGCUGAAACAACAAUGGACUACAGAGUGAACAUUUUCCUGCGGCAGCAGUGGAACGACCCCAGGCUGGCUUACAGCGAGUAUCCCGACGACUCGCUGGAUCUCGACCCCUCCAUGUUGGACUCCAUCUGGAAACCUGACUUGUUCUUCGCCAACGAGAAGGGGGCCAACUUUCACGAGGUCACUACAGACAACAAGCUCCUACGCAUCUCUAAAAACGGCAACGUGCUCUACAGCAUACGAAUAACUCUGGUCCUUGCCUGUCCGAUGGAUCUGAAGAACUUCCCCAUGGACGUCCAGACCUGCAUCAUGCAGCUAGAGAGCUUCGGCUACACUAUGAAUGACCUGAUCUUCGAGUGGGACGAGAAGGGAGCCGUGCAGGUGGCCGACGGUCUGACGUUACCUCAGUUUAUACUCAAAGAGGAGAAAGACCUGCGCUACUGCACCAAGCACUACAACACAGGUAAAUUCACCUGCAUCGAGGCUCGUUUCCACCUGGAGCGUCAGAUGGGUUAUUACCUGAUCCAGAUGUACAUCCCAUCGCUGCUCAUCGUCAUCCUGUCCUGGGUCUCCUUCUGGAUCAACAUGGACGCAGCGCCUGCCCGCGUUGGUCUGGGAAUCACCACGGUGCUGACCAUGACCACGCAGAGUUCAGGCUCCAGAGCCUCUUUGCCCAAGGUGUCCUAUGUGAAAGCCAUUGAUAUCUGGAUGGCCGUCUGUCUGCUGUUUGUCUUUUCGGCCUUGUUGGAAUACGCCGCCGUGAACUUUAUCGCCCGCCAGCACAAGGAGCUGCUGCGCUUCAGACGGAGACGACGACACAUGAAGCCUGAGUCUUGGCCUGUGUUGCAGGAGGAGGACCCGGGCGACGGGCGCUUCAGCUUCCCCGGGUACGGCAUGGGUCCUGCCUGCCUGCAGGCCAAGGAUGGCAUGGCCAUCAAGGGCAACAACAACAACGCCCCGACCUCGGCGCCGCCCGAGAAGAGCAUUGAGGAGAUGAAGAAGCUGUUCAUCAGCCGGGCCAAGCGCAUUGACACAGUGUCCCGCGUGGCCUUCCCGCUCGUCUUCCUCAUUUUUAACAUUUUCUACUGGAUCAUUUACAAGAUCAUCCGCAGCGAGGACAUCCAUAAGCAGUAGCCGAACGGAGGAAAUGGGCGACAGUGACGUGAAGCAAAGAAAGCAGCAAAACAAAGUAAAAAUAUGAGACAAAGAUGACUCCAAAGCAGAUAUUAUUGCCCCUCUUUUCCAGCCAUACCUCUUAUCCUCUUCUUUCACCCUCUUUCUCUUUGGUCAAAGAUUUGCUGCUUUUUGUGGCCCCUCCUUUGAGCCCCAUUUGACCAAACCGUUUGAAGCUUUUUAUUGCUUUUUCCUACCUUUCUUGCCCUCCUCCUGAACCCCAGACCCUUUGUCCUGUCUCUUUAAAACCCCUUAACAGUCCGGACCAGUGCAAUAGCAAUGCAGUAAAAUGCAUGAUAUAUGAAUGUGGCAAUAUACUGAAGAAGAAACGUGAAAAAAAUAAACCUAAACUUUCCAAGACACACCCAGGAAACCGUUUGGGAGUGAACGGACUGGAACAAAAGGAGACAAAAAGAUCUUGUAUUUAAUUUUAGCUUUUUUGUGAAGACAGAAAUAUAAUUCUAUACGGAAAUAUGACGUAGGGAUGGAUGGGGUGGGAAAGGUGCAAGAGGCAUACAGCAGUGUAAUAUACUUAUUUAUCAUAAUUGGAAGAUAUAUGGACCAUGUCUCCAAGGGUGGACAUCUGGAACAAAGGAUGUUUAACCCCAAAAAAGAAAAGAAAGAUGGCGGUUCAGUGCUUCCACUAAAUUAAUUGAUGCAAGGAUCAUGCAUUCUAUAUAUCUAGAUUUGCUUCAAACAUGUAUUGCAAGCACUUGUCAGAGCUUUCCCUCCCUCCUGCUGCCAACACCACAAAAACUGCAGAGACACUUGAAGUUUGUCGUUGCUGCUGGACUAAGAAAAUAAAACGAAUACAAGAUACUAAAAAAAAUAACGGACACCCAGAGCUGAUUAAUACCUGUGAUCAACAUCUAUCAGUUCUUAAAUACUGUCACUCUGCAUCUUUGUGGUUUUUUUGUUUCGUUGUUGUUUUAUUUUCUUUCGUUCUUUUUUUUUUACUAUAAAUACUAAUUAAUAUAUGUGCCAACUAAACUUGUCACUUGUGGCUGUGCGACGCUCGUCAUCUCUGACUUGUUCAUCUGGAGGGAGGGCGAGCAGUUUGAUGUCUUUUGUUUUGAUCACUGAGAUUUCAGUUCAACACCAUUAGCCGAAGAAAGACCAGCUCGAUCCUUGACCGGAGUAAAAAAACGCAGAUUCUGAUUCAUUUUCCUUUGCUGUUAUUGGUUGGGACUGAAACAUUCACAUGUUUACAUCUUUGUGCUUCCUUGCUUCAACCCUGCCUCAAUGUGACGCCAAAAUCCCCACCCAUCCUGAUCCUGAGCAAGAGGACAAACGUCUUAACUCAUACAUAAAACAUCGAACUUUACGAGCAUCUCAUCCACAUGGACCAACUGUAGCUGUGAACUUCAUGGAACUGCAUCAUCACACACAGAGUGCAACACCUGGAUUUAUUUCACCACACUGGAUGGGAUUUGAUCAGUCAGGCUGGUUGAAGUGAUCGAUUGAUAAUUUUGCUUUGCACCAGGCUUCUCUAUGCAAUGAUCAGUAUAUGCAAUUUUAAUUUUUACUUCUUCACUGCUCUUCCAUCUCAAGUGGUUACACUUUAACGAUUAGAGGUGAGAAUGCCAAUGUACUGACCUCUUUAAGGCACUUUUGGCCCCAAAGCAUGCAGAUGCCUGCAUGAAAAACUGGUCUGUAAAAAGAAAUAGACUGAGCUAAAUCUGACUAGAUAUUAAGAUUUUCCCCAUGUUUAAUGCACAAAAGAUUAUUACGUCUGCAUAUUCUACGCAGAGUAUCCUUAAGUGCUUUUAUGCUUUGAAAAUGUUUAAAAAUGCUACAAUUCUGGGAAAUUACCAGGUUUUUUAGCAAAGAAAAAUCUAAAAUGUACCUGAGAGAUGUAGUUACUGUUGUAACAUUAUUUAAGAAAGAUAUUUAUUUAUUCUAAUGACAUAAAAUGUCUUUUAGCACCUAGAAAAACAAAUAAAAGGCUCAAAGAUGUAUGAAUUGAGGAAAAUCACUGGCUUAGCAUCAUUAGCCAGGAGCCGUAUUGUAUCUCUAGUUUUGUUGCCAGGUUUUAUUCAUGAAAGUAAGACCGAUCACUCAUUGUUAUCAUGCUCUAAGAAUGAUACAUCGACACACAUACAUUAUAUUUUUAGAACCAGGUUCAGAUACUUAUUUUCUGUAUGGAACUGAAAAAAACAUGGUGCCCUGGGAAUAUUAGAGCCUUUUGUAAUGUUCCUGUUAUGUGCCAUAUACAUUUGAAGAAUAUAAGGUUCACUUCAUGGCCAGCCACAUUAUAUUUAUAGCUUUUGCAGUUUUUACUUGUAGAACACAUUUUCUGAAUAUCCUAAAAUAGAUCUGAUGGUACAGGUUAUCUGUCAUAUCCAAAAUCUGUUUUAUCCCAUCAUGAAUAUGUCCCAGGCUUUGUGAAUGAAGGUAUGCGAAACUGAUCUGAAGGGCUAUGCCACUCAUUGACUCCUUCAUUCUGAUUCUAGAUUUUAAAAUAAAAAGUGCCAUAAAAACACACAUCACCCCAAAAUACUAUGCAUUUCAUCCAAAAUACAUUUUUCUAAAACUUGUUCGCCUGGACCUCUUUGAGUCUUGGUCUAAAGUCUAAAGUUUGUGUAGGUCGUCCAUGUUUCAUUGAUAACUAAAGGCCAGGUUGCAGGGACAAGACAUCAAGCAGAGACACCCAGACCCGUCUCUUCCCUGCUACCUCCUUCAGCUCACCUGGGGGAAGCGCAGAGUCGAGAAAAUCCUUCGCCAACCCAAACCCUAAUUCAUUCUGACACCAAAACCGUCUUGAUUAGUUUUAAUGCUGAGAAGUAAUUAGUUUUCAGGUUGGCUCCUCAAUUAAAGCCAAAAACACUUAUGGUUCAGGUCUGACCUACGCUGAUAUGACAUAGGUACGUAGAAAAGAAAGUUAUUUGUCAGGUGGCACAUUUUCUACUGCUUAUUGUGAUAAACAGCCAAUAGAGACUGGAGAUUUGCUGGAGAUUGUAAGAAAAUAUGGCUAUACAACCUGGCUCUCUUGAACUGAGAUUCUUUAAAACAGUUUGAGGGUUGUGAAACUUCUGUGCCAAAUAAUGAAAAGGACCAGCUUUAACUGUUUCUUGACUCAAUUUGUUUACAACUAAAACAAGAGUGCAGAGGGGUUGUUGCUAACUAAAUAAUUUUGAAGCCUUUAAUAAAAUAGUCCAUCCGAAACCAAAAUAAUGUACCAAUAUUGCUUAAUUUCUGCAAACUCAAUUGAGUUUUGUGAUUUUACGUCUAGAAAAUUCAGUAGCAAAGAAAAGUACACACAGUUUGUAAGCAUUCCAGCUAUGUUUGAAAUCACCAGAGGUUUUUAAGGCCUUUUGGUAAAAACAGUUAGCAUUCAAAGGAAGACCUGGUUUAAGUCAAGAACUUUGCAACAUUCCUUCCUUUUGACCAAACGUGAUGAUGACGGUGAUGAUGGUUUGACAACAUCAAGUUACCAACAAUCAAAACUUCCUCUGCAGUCACAGUAGUGAUGUUUUAUGCAGGCUUAAAAUUCACAUCAAACCUCAACAACCAGAAUUUGUCACUAAUAAACUGAAAUGCUUAAUGAGUGAGGGGAAACAGUAAAUGUCAAAUAAAUCCUGGAAGGUUCAUUUUAAUAUUAUAAAGUCCCAAAACACAUACAUUUUUUAUGCUUCCUUGGAUAUUUUUCAACAUGUAGCCUAUUUGCAAAUAGUUUUGCAGAUGAAAGUUUAAAAACAUAUUGUGGGACUCUCAGAGAAUCAUGAAAUGAUUUAAUCUGUCUAAUCAAAGUGGCAGCUGUAAGAUAAACAGUUUAGCUUUAACAUAUUAUAAAAAAAUAUGAAUUCAUUAUUCAAAAGACAGAAAGUUUAAUCUUGUGCUAAUCUGGGACUAUGGAAAUGAAUUCUUUAUCUCUGCGUGUAUUAAUGCCUUUCUGAAUAAAACUGAAACCAGAAUAAGAAACCGGAGAAACGGGCUCCGUCUCAUUAGAAACUAAUUUUUUCUUCUGUGCCAUAAACACACCAACUUGAAUCACUUGUGUUCAUGAGCCAGCAUCCGUUUUCCUGGAGCACACACAUGCAUCUUCUUGUGCCAUAUCGGGGUUGAAUAUGCAACCAAAAAACAAGACAAAGAAAAUGAACCCACAAGCAUAUCAUGAGUUUUUCAAUCACUUUACAUGAUUCAUGAGCCUUUCCUCUGGCAUUGCUCCUCUGUGUAUCAUAACUUCAUCAUCAGCCUCAUAUUAUUGUAUUAGUCAUUGAUUAUAAUGUAAAGGUUGGAGUUGCAAAUAGUAUAAUAUGUAAAAAAAA